GAGACGACGAGUACUACGAGCCGAAUCGCCUAGGGAGAACACCGAGUAACCUACCUCAAUUUUGACCGGAAGUCCAAGUCCAAGGUCCAAGUCGCGAAGUCCAACUCGAAGCACCGAUCUACCAUGAUGAAGCCCAUUCAGCAUCUUCGAACGACGACGACAACGACGAUCCUCCUCCUCGUCCUCUCCAGCUACGCAACAGUCUUUGCCGCCUCACCAGACUCACCCACCCUCGAAGACACUCUCCACGCAGAACUUGACUUUGCCUUCAACCUCCCGCGACAAGUGUCAACAGGCCAAGAACUCGACUCCUUCUUCCACACAGCCAACUUCCUCGGCGGAGCGUCGCCGCAGCCGAUAGUCUUUUCAGGGAACCCUUCAAGGCCAUUCGAAGUGAAUGGUGAAACCUUUCCUGACUUUGCAACAGCAGCCAGUCGCGUCUGCGACAACCAAAAGAAUGCGUGCGCGGAUACGGCGAAUGAUGAGAACAAGAAGACGAGUUUUGGGGUUAGUGAUUGUGAUAAACAACGAGAACAAUGCAUGAACUCGAUAGAGUCGGCGACGGAGACGAGCUUCGCGGUCAAGCCGGGACCGACGCUGGUGGUGUCGAAUGCGACGCAUGAUAUUUUCUGUGAUGUGUAGAGCGUGUGGCCCCAAACAUUGGGUCUUCUUCUGGAUUGGUGAUGACGACGGUGGGCGUGUGUUUGCGAGGACAGAGGUGUCGAAAGACAUCAAGUUGACAACCAAGUCACAAGAACCUUAAUAGGCAGUACCCAUGGCGUCGCUGCGUCAGUGGACUGAAUGGUGCAAGUGGUAUCAGCGACCUGCAGCAAGCGGCGUGCCUUUUUUCCUUCUCGUCCGUUCCUUGCUGACGGCAACGAACGAUCGAUCGGG